AUGCACAGCGCUCUCACUCGGCUCCAAUCGACCUUCGGGUAUUUUACCAGCUGCGCUUUUACCCUCGCUUGCAUCAUUGCUGUGCUCUCCAUAGUACCCUUACCUCCUGUGACAGACUCACCAAGCGCCUCGAUAUCUGUCCGAAACGUCCAAGUUGUCAAAGGUCGUCCGCACUACUACUCCCCCAAACGCGAAGAGUACGCUCAAAUCAGAUUUGAUCUGGAAGCCGAUCUGUCCAGCCUGUUCACGUGGAACACGAAGCAACUGUUUGUCUAUGUCACGGCAAACUACCCCGGUGGGAAGAGUGGUGAUGGGGCAAUGUCUGAAGCGGUCAUCUGGGACACAAUCAUCCAGGCAACAUCGACCCCGUGGUCAUGGCAGAAUUUGAAAGAGGCCUACUUUCCCGAGAAGAAGUCAAAAUCCAAGAGCAGGAAGUCCUCGAACACAAAGUCCAAGACCAAGGAUCUUGUCAAGCCAGGGGUCAUCUCCUUAAAGAACCAGAAACCAAAAUACCAAAUCACCGACCCCAGUGGUGUUAUCAGUGAGAGAGCCAAUGCUACUCUCCAAGUCAGUUGGAAUGUGCAGCCUUGGGUUGGUGCUCUCGUCUGGGACAAAGGAUAUUUAGGAGGCAGGGUCGGAAAAUGGGCACCUGGAAGCGUGGGCAGGAGUGAAACCUUCGAAUUCCCUCCUUUGAAAGGGGCAAAGACAGAUGUUGUCAAAGACACUGAAGGACCAAAGACGCCAAAAGCGGCUUCAGCCUCUCCGGUCGUCGAAAUAUAA